ACUUCAGGGAAGGGGAGGGAGGAGGGGACCCGGGCUCUGGUGGCUCUAGACCAGUUGAACCUAGAGGGGCAUUUGGGCUUUCCCCUCCUCUUUGCAAAGAGCAAAACCAAAACCGCGAACCGUGGAGCCUUCCUCCCUCGCCCUCGCUUCACCUCGCCGGCUGCGAACCAGGGGAGCUCGGAUGUCCGGUUUCCUGUAAGGCUUUUACCUGACACCGGUCGCCUUUCCCAGGCACUGGCUGGAAGGGCGACUUGCAAAGUUGGGAACGCAGAGCCCCGGACCCGCUCUCGCCGCCUCCGGCUUGCACAGGGGGGUCACCGGGAGGAAAUUAGGAGUAAAAGGGACGAGGAGGGGCGCUCACGCCCCCACCCUGCCCCCUCCAGAGGACCGGCCUCCCCACUCCCGGUCCUUCCACCAUGCACUUGCUGGGCUUCUUGUCUCUGGCGUGUUCCCUGCUCGCCGCUGCGCUGCUCCCGGGUCCGCGAAAGGCGCCCGCCACCGCCGCCGCCUUCGAGUCCGGACUCGGCUUCUCCGACGCAGAGCCGGACGCGGCCGAGGUCAAGACAUAUGCAGGCAAAGAUCUGGAAGAACAGUUGCGGUCUGUGUCGAGUGUAGAUGAACUCAUGACUGUCCUAUACCCAGAAUACUGGAAAAUGUACAAGUGCCAGUUACGGAAAGGAGGCUGGCAACACAAUAAAGAACAGCCCACCCUCAGCACAAGGGCAGCAGAGACUGUAAAAUUUGCUGCUGCACACUAUAAUACAGAGAUCCUGAAAAGUAUUGAUAAUGAGUGGAGAAAGACUCAAUGCAUGCCACGUGAGGUGUGUAUAGAUGUGGGGAAGGAGUUUGGAGCAGCAACAAACACCUUCUUUAAACCUCCAUGUGUGUCCGUCUACAGAUGUGGAGGCUGCUGCAACAGUGAGGGGCUGCAGUGCAUGAACACCAGCACAGGCUACCUCAGCAAAACGUUGUUUGAAAUUACAGUGCCUCUCUCUCAAGGCCCCAAACCAGUAACAGUCAGUUUUGCCAAUCACACUUCCUGCCGAUGCAUGUCUAAACUGGAUGUUUACAGACAAGUUCAUUCAAUUAUUAGACGUUCUCUGCCAGCAACAUUACCACAGUGUCAGGCAGCCAACAAGACUUGCCCCACAAAUUACAUAUGGAAUAAUCACAUCUGCAGAUGCCUGGCUCAGCAGGAUUUUCUUUUUUCCUCAAGUGCUGGAGAUGACUCAACAAAUGGAUUUCAUGACAUCUGUGGACCCAACAAAGAGUUGGAUGAAGAGACCUGUCAGUGUGUCUGCAAAGGGGGGGUUCAGCCUUCCAGCUGUGGACCCCACAAAGAACUAGACAGAAACUCAUGCCAGUGUGUCUGUAAAAACAAACUUUUCCCCCACUCAUGCGGGCCCAACAGAGAAUUUGAUGAAAACACAUGCCAGUGUGUAUGCAAAAGAACCUGCCCAAGAAAUCAACCCUUAAAUCCUGGAAAAUGUGCCUGUGAAUGUACAGAAAAUCCACAGAAAUGCUUCUUAAAAGGAAAGAAGUUCCAACAUCAAACGUGCAGUUGUUACAGACGACCAUGUACAAAUCGACUGAAGCAUUGCGAGCCAGGAUUUUCAUUUAGUGAAGAAGUAUGUCGCUGUGUCCCUUCAUAUUGGAAAAGACCACAUAUGAACUAAUAUUGUACUACUUUCCAGUUCAUCAUGUUCCUAUCAUGAAAACUGUUGCCACGUAGAACUGUCUAUGAACAGAGGGACCCUAUGGGGCCAUGGUAACAAAGACCGAAGUCUGUGUUUCCUCCACCAUAAGAUAACUAUAGAAAUGAACUGGAACUCAUCUGCAAAUGGCCUAUUUUAAAGACUGGUUUUCUGCCAAUGACCAAGCAGCUGAGGCUUUUCCCUUGUGAUUUUAAAAAAAGAAAAAAUAAUGACUAUAUAAUUUAUUUCCACUAAAAAUAUUGUUUCUGCAUUCAUUUUUAUAGCAAUAACAAUUGGUAAAUCUUACUGUGAUCAAUAUUUUUAUAACAUGCAAAAUAUGUUUAAAAUAAAAUAAAAUUGUAUUAUAAGCUG